UUAUGAUUGGGGGGCCGGGGAGGUGCCGCGGGCGCUUUUUCCCAACAACGCCUCCGCUAGCAAGGACAGAAGCUCAACCUGGAAUGCCUUUCUUUGCCCUUGUUUGUUGGCUGUGUCUCUGUUUCUGUGUAGGACGCGCGGCACGAGCGUCACGGCAUGGGCAAGACGUACCGAGGAGAGGGGACCAAGGCACGCUCCCGUCCACCACUUUGGAGGCUUAGAGUCUGGGCACGAGGAAAUGGAUGGGGGUCCGAAACCACAACGACUUGAGGCGCCCUUACCGUCAUUGUUGCCUCCCUCCCUUUCCCCAAGUUCUACACAGCAAGGUAGGUAAGUAGGUAGAUACCCGUACCUUAGGUAGGUAUUCCCCUCCCCCUCCCCCUCCAC